AUGGACCUCUUUGACCAGUACAGAAUCUUUUCAAAUGAGCCGGAGUCAGAGUUUCCGUUAGGAGACAUUGAUUACGGUUUUGAUUUUGUCUCGUACUCUGAUAAGAACGGUUUUGAGCUGCCAGCGCAGGACGCGGAGCAAACUGACCAGCGCCAGCCAGAUCCAUUUGACUCUCCUGCUCUUACCAUUGCGAGUGCAGAAUCCACGCAGAUAUCCUCCUACUCGUUCGACAAGCAAUGGGCGUUCAAGCCUCUGGAAGGUUUUGAACAGCUCAGCCAGAACUGGGAAAUCGAUAGGACGGUUUCUUUGUCAUCCGCCGAGAUCGAGCACAAUUACCUCAACCUUCCACCUGGUGAGGAUGUGGAAAUUCAGAAGGCCGAUUUUGUAUCCGCCUCAAAUCCGACUGUCAUCAAGGAAAAAAUCAUUGAGAAGAGGAAAAGACUUAGUUUUGAUAGCAGAAAACUAGGUAGUAUCGAGUCUGAGACCAAGGGUUCUCUGCACACAAGAAGACCUUCACUAUCUCCUGUGAAGAGUUUCAGAUACCGUUCCAAAUCUCUAAUUGGAACAUCUUCUAAUUCGGGCUCCCCUACCAAUCCAUUCUACAAGCCACCGGACAUUCUGUGGAAGUACUGCGACCUGAGCUCUAGUAGUCGGAGAAAAUAG